UUUUCGUUUUUUCUUUUUUCUUUUUUCUUUUUUACUUUCACUUUCAUUUUUUUCCCUCUCUGCAAUGCGAAGAAACGUCAACACUAUUUCUUCCACUCUUUGCUCUUUCUUCGUCGUCACAUUUUCGAAAACUGCAUCGGUCUCAACGAUCUCUUCGAUCUCCUCGCUUUCUUCGCCAUGAUGCGCUCUUUCUGGCGAUCUGUUGAUCGCUUCUCCGUUCUACACUUCAGAUCCGUAAUUGAUGAACUGAAGCAGAUCAAAGUUGUGAACAUGCGUAACAGGGAAUUAGUGCUGGAUUUAUUGCAGUCUGUUGUGGAGAUAAUUACUUAUGGUGAUAAACAUGAUCCAUCCAUUCUUGAAUGUUUCAUGGAUCGCCAAGUGGUUGCGGAAUUCGUUCGAAUGCUUGAUAUCGGUGAAAAUUCAAGAAUUGAGGCACCGUUACUUCAGUAUCUCAGCAUAAUGAUUCAAAACAUGGAUAAUGAACAUGCAAUUUACUAUUGUUUCAGCAAUGGUUAUAUUAAUAGCAUCAUUUUGCAUCCGUAUGAACUUGAUGGGGGAGACUUGGCUCCAUACUAUGUGUCUUUUCUAAGGGCCGUUAGUGGUAAAAUAAACAGAGACACACUUUGCCUUCUUGUGAAUGUACAUGGGGAUGCUGUAGUUUCCUUUCCCUUGUACACUGAGGCUCUAAGGUUUGCUCAUCAUGAGGAAAAGAUGAUUCAGACAGCAGUACGUACAAUAGUUCUCAACAUCUACAAUGUUAGUGAUGAGAUGAUCUAUAAAUUUAUAAUGACGCCACCAGUUUCAGACUACUUCUCUGUCAUGGUUGGCAGAUUACGAGAAAUGUGUAUUCUCUUAGAUGCUUUUCUCCAUGAAAAAGGGGAUAUGGACACUCAAAAAAGAAGAAAUGGAUUGAUUCUUGAAUCUGAUAAAAUUAUUGAUGAACUAUACUACUUGAAAGACAUUCUUAGUGUUGAUGAGCCUCGAUUGAAUCAAUUGGUUACUGAGAAUCUCCUGAAUGGGCUUGUGUUUCCUGUACUAUUCUCAUUACCAGCUUCAAUGAAUAAUAAUGGCUCAGAUUUAUCUGCUAUCACUUCACUAUAUAUCUUAUCACGUCUUCUUCAAGUCGUUGGGGGAAGAAGCAUGAUUAACAACGUGGCUGGUGUUAUCCUGUAUCAUUUUUUGAACUUAAAUGCGAGAACUCUGAGCGAAGGGAACGCUUCUGAUAGCUCUAAUGAAGUUAAACCAUUUUCUAAGUGCCUGAAUGAAGUGGCAAAGAUUAUUUCUUAUGCUCCUGAGUCAAAAGGAGAUGGAAACAUCAAUGGGAACUAUCUGGAUUCUCUUUUGGAAGAUUUCAGGACCAGAGUCAAUAUUAGUUGCUUGAAUGGUGAUAUAUGUCCCAAAAGGCAAGGAAUACUUGCAUUUGUGUUUUCUGAGGAUCAAUGCCUACUGUUAGCUUCUACAUUUCUCUUACUUAUUCUGGCUGAAAGUAAAGAUCUUGAUAGUCUAUUAGCUCCAAUGAUUCGGCUGUAUCAGACUCAGGAUGCGAUGACAAAUGAGACAUCGACUUCAAAGUCCUUGGAUGCAAGUAUCUUCGGUGGAUUUAUGCCUGAGAUUUUAAAUGCCUUGCUUAAGGUUUUAGCCUUCCAGGAAUCCCACUCCACAGAGAUGCUGUGGCAUGCAGGGUGGUGCUUGCAAAAGCUUCUUAACUUUUGUAGAGAAGGACUUGAUGAUGAUAAUCUCCUCCUAUUCAAUACUGCAUAUGAUCACUCACAUGUACAUUUUCUGAAAGAACUUGAUGGAGUUUGGUUUGAUCAUAUUCCGGAUAUUGUAAGAAAUGAAUGGUCAAGCUGUACAAAAGUUUUGGAGCAAUCUUCCCAAUAUAAAGAUCCAAUAUUUAUGUUGGAACUUGUUCUUCCCCAACAAUCCACCAAUGGUCAAACAUCUUCCUGUUUUGCAUGGCAAAAGACAGUUGAUGCAGUGAAGGCUUUUAUUCUCCACUUUCAGCUGAAGACAUUUAUUUUCGAACGUGAGUUGGCAGAGAAUCCAUUGAUUGCCAUUUCUAGCAAUGAUUCUGGAGUAAUCUGUUCUUCACAUGUUUCUUCUGCUAGCUUUGGGUCUAAUGUUUCUUUGGAAUCUGGAAUACCUUGUACAAUUGCAUUUUCAAAUGCCGAAAUUAGAGAUGUAUAUGUAGUACCAAUGGUGCAUAAGAAUACCGGAAAAUUGCUUCUCACAGAGAAACACCCAUUUCGAAGCCGGCAUGGGGUAGUGAUAGCAAUUGCUCCAUUGGCAGGGUUAUGUUCAUUUGCCUCUUUAUCUGUUUCACAGCCAACAAUAGAUAAGGAUCACCCCUCAUGGUUGCAUCUUCGAGUAAGAGAGUUCAACCCCAAGUUGUAUGCAACUAAAGCCAAAGGAGAUCAUUUUAGCAUGCCUGAUCAUUUUGUGGAUGGGAGAUGGACCCUUGGUUUCCCAGAUGCAAAAGCUUGUAAGGAUGCUCAUUUAGCCAUUCUUCGCGAAAUUACCAAGCAGAGAUCAGCUGUGGAGGCCACUCUUGCUCCAUUACUUAAUUAUGAUCUUGGAUUAGCUGAAGAAAACAGAGAAAAAUAAAGUUGUGAUGAUGAGUGAUUGUAGGUUAGUUUACAUUCCUCCCUUGUCUUAUUACUUCUUUUUAUAAAUUUUCUUUAUAUUUUGGCUUUAAAUGUAUUAGUCUAUAACUGCACAUGUUAUUAAUGCACAUAAUUUUGUAGUGCUUAGUAUGUCUUAGGUUCACAGACCAGUACAUGUAAAUCUGAUUUCAUAUAGCGAUGUCUUUGUUUUGAAAAUGAAAACAUGUUUGGUGUAUAUAAAUUGAGUAAGUUAGCAUAGAG